UAAGGCGCAUGGAAUUCUGGGUAGGUUGUCAAACCGGCGGGAGUACAAUACUCAAAACAGUUUUGUUUUACUUCUUAGAGUACUUCUUUUGGGGGGGAUUGUGUGACUGAGUUGAGUACAUUGUGUCGUUGAAGUCACUGUGAAAAAAACAUUUUGUGAGGUAAGGGAGAAAGUGAAAGUGAGUUUGUCUUAAUCUAAAGCUUUGCCGGGGAAAAGGGCUUUGAACCGCCUGAUUUGUAGUUAGCAUUUUGCUAGCUUGCAGCAAGCAGCCCGUCAUCGACAACAAUGGCGAAGGUGCAAGUGUUAAAUGUGGCCGUCUUGGACAACCCGAGCCCGUUUGGGAACCCUUUCCAGUUUGAAAUAACGUUUGAGUGCAUGGAAGACCUGCCCGAAGACUUGGAGUGGAAGAUCAUCUAUGUGGGCUCAGCAGAAAGCGAAGAGUAUGAUCAAGUCCUGGACUCCGUCUUAGUUGGACCGGUACCUGCUGGGCGACAUAUGUUUGUUUUUCAGGCUGAUGCACCAAACACUGGGUUGAUCCCUGAAAGCGAUGCCGUAGGUGUCACUGUGGUGCUCAUCACCUGCACGUACCGUGGCCAAGAGUUCAUUCGCAUCGGUUACUAUGUGAACAACGAGUACACGGACCCAGAACUUCGGGAGAAUCCGCCCAUCAAGCCGGACUACACUCAGCUUCAGCGAAACAUUCUAGCAUCGAACCCUCGCGUCACCAGAUUCCACAUCAACUGGGAAGGUUGCGCAGAGCGAAUGGAAGAUUCUGAAAAUGUGGAUCCGUCAUCAAACUCCAUGCUGCCUCCAUCCUGUCUUCCGGGCAAAUCUGCACCCUUGGGAAUACUACCGGACAAUUCCAUGGACUGCUUAUAGAGAAGUCCCUUGUUUGUUUUUGUUAGUUUUUUUUUUUAUUAAGAAUGGGGGACAUUCUGAUAUUGUACAUACUUAUUUGCCUUAUAACUGCUCUUACUUUCCUUCAAAGCUCUUUAACGAUGAAAGCUUCAGAUGAAGCAAUAUUCAAGUAGUUUUUACUCGUGGAAGAGGUUGAUGCAGAGCGGAUUAGUGACAGUGUCAGAUUUCAGCAAUAAAUAAAUGACAGGAGUUUGA